AGUGAUGACGCGUCAGGUACGCAGAUAGUUUGCGACGCGCUUGUUAUUUUUUUUCCCCGCAGGAUCAUUUGGCUGUAAAGUGUUAACAGCAAAUCCGACUUCUGUGUUUCAACAAGAUGUCUUUUCAGGACGAUGAAUCCUCGGAUCUCGGACUUGCUGGCCAGUCAAAGUUGGAGAGCUUCCUGUUCAGCUGCGAGCUGUCGUCCAAAGUACCUUUCUACACUUUCCAAGGAGACGAAGAGGAGGACCUGGAGCACUUCCUUGAACUCAGAACAGUUUGUCUUGGAGAUGGUGCCAAGGAGGAGAAUAAUGUGGUGGAGGUAACAGCCAUGAACCAUCAAGGAAAGACUAUUUCAGUUCCCAUCGCCAACCUCCACAUCAGCUGUCUGCCCAUGGUGAGUUUGGGAGAGUUUGAGCUGAAAGCCCCAGUGACCAUCCGGCUGAAGGCUGGGACAGGACCAGUUACCGUCAGCGGGUUGCACCUCAUAGCCUCACAGGUCGGAGAUUCGGACCUGUCUGAUGAAGAAGGGGAAGAUGAUGAUGAGGAAGAGGAGGAGGAUGACGAGGAGGAGAUCACCCCCAUUAAACCAGCAAAGAAAAAGCAGAGGCAGUAGACGAAGGAGGUCACGGGUGGAUUUUUCGAGUGGCUUCACUCACGUGCUGAUAUGGUUUAAAAAAAAAAAUGCAGCUUUUUUUGUACCAGACGAAUACAUUUUUAGUUCUUCUUCCACACGGCCAAGUGAACGCUGAGUGUGGUGGCAGCUGAACGUGCUGUAGGAGGAAGGAACAUCACGCCGGACUCUGAUAUUCUCUCCACUCGUCGAAUCCUCACUGGUUUCAGCAGGGUAUUCAACUUUGUUUGAGACCUUCACUUAUACAGGAACUGUUUUUCUAUUAAAUGCUCCCCCAUUGUUUUAUACUGUAUGUGUUACAGUCACCACUGACAUGGAUUUAUUUCACCGAUGGUGGAAAACAUGUCUUUUACCACCAGUGGAUUCAGGUAUUGUUUGAAGAUACUGUUCUUGUAAAAAUAAAAUGCGUGUGUGUGCGUGUGUGUGUGCGUGUGCAUGUCAGACAAGAGAAAAAAGGCUUUCCAGAUGAAUUGAUUGCAUCUGAAUGGUCUAAUCAGAUGAUUUACACACACAGUUUAUUAAAUGUUUCAGAUGCACAAGAUUAUCUGCAUUUCCAGUUGUUUGUAGUUACAAAAUACAGUUUUUUUCUAUGUGA